AUGUUAUCGGCCACUUCCAAAAAUGGGGAGCCGUACAGCCCGGCGAGGGUGCACCCCCUCCUGUCGCCACGGACCAACUCGAAUUCCUCCGACCUUAAACCCGUCGAUGCCGACGCACCAUUAAAUAAUCUCAAACGCCCAGAAUCGCCCCAACCUCCGCAAACCAGUGUCCACUGCCCGUUGGACGCACCGUAUAAUGCAUCCGUCACAACCGCUGAGAUCGGCGGCCCCUCCGCUGUAACACAACAACCAGCCAGUCUGACAUCAGACGAGUAUACUCGAAACAGAUCUUCGACUGCCAUCAGCACCUCUUCCUCCAUCGAAAACCUCUCGGUCUUGCCGCGGCUACCUUCUUUUGGUGAGAACCGCACCCGAAAACAUCGCAAGAACGCUUGUUCCAUCGACUCGGCAAUUCCUCGCCAGACUAUCCUCAAAGCACUCCAAUCCCGACCCCCACUUCUGGCAGAACCCAUGGAUCCAACCACUGCGGACGGUGCUGGUGACGCGCGCAAGACCGCUCGCUCAAAGAGCAUCACCCAAGCGCAGCUUGCCAAGGCCCUCUCCGAACUCGAGCUGAACGGAGGAGACAUGUCUGCCAGUAAGAUGGCGGCGCUUGCAUCGCCUUGCUUUUUCCACAAGAAGUUCGACAAAGCAGUCAACCUGGGCAAGGUGCUCGAGGAGAUGUCCGAAGACGAGACAAUCUCGCACUCCAGGCUCAUGCAGACCGCAUGCAGUGUCCGCGAGGUCUCCAAGCAGCUCCAGCGCCGUCCCAUCAAGAUGACAGUGCGCAAUGUUAUGAUCGUCACCAAGGCUCGCGACAACAACCUUGUAUAUCUUACGCGCGAACUGGCCGAGUGGCUCAUGACCACCUCCCGCUACGGAUCGGAUGUGGGCGUCAAUGUCUAUGUUGACCACAAGUUACGCAAGUCGAAGCGCUUCGAUGCCGCAUCCUUGUUGGCAAAGGACCCCCGCUACGAGAACAUGCUUCGCUGGUGGACUCCAGAUCUCUGCUGGGAAACCCCGGAGAUCUUCGACCUUGUGCUUACGCUCGGUGGAGACGGCACCGUCCUUUUCACUUCGUGGCUCUUCCAGCGCAUUGUACCCCCGAUCCUGUCCUUCUCGCUCGGCAGUCUUGGUUUCCUUACCAACUUUGAGUUUGCACAGUACCGCCCUGCGCUGGACAAGAUCAUGUGCGAAACAGGUAUGCGCGUGAACCUACGCAUGCGCUUCACUUGCACCGUGUACCGUUACCAGAAGAACGCUGCCCAAGGAUCGCCUCAACACAUCGAAGCCGAACAGUUCGAGGUCCUCAACGAGCUUGUCAUCGACCGUGGCCCAUCGCCCUACGUCUCUAACUUGGAGCUGUACGGUGACAACAACCUGCUCACUGUCGUGCAAGCAGAUGGUUGCAUCUUCUCCACACCAACUGGUUCCACCGCAUACUCGCUUUCAGCAGGCGGCUCCCUUGUCCAUCCCGACAUCCCUGCCAUUCUCCUGACCCCGAUUUGCCCUCACACUCUGUCCUUCCGCCCCAUGCUUCUCAACGACAGCAUGCUUCUCAGGAUCGCAGUACCUCUCAAGUCGCGCGCCACCGCUUACUGCGCCUUUGACGGCAAGGGCCGCGUUGAGCUCCGCCAGGGCGACCAUGUCACCAUCGCAGCCUCUCAGUACCCCUUCCCUACUGUGCUCUCACAACCCACCGAGUGGUUCGACAGCAUUAGCCGCACCCUGCGCUGGAACUCGCGUGGCGCGACGCAAAAAGCGUGGGACGGCGACGAGGAAGACGGCGAAGAAGAUGAGGAGAAGGAACCGGACUUCGACAUCGACUUUGACAAUGACGACGUCGAUCGCGAUUCCGGUUACAGUGCCGAAGGCAGCACCGUGGACGGCAGAGGGAGCCCAAUAAGAAAGGGCGUAGUACUACCUUUCUUGUAA